AUGGCUCCCCCUCCGCACACCUCGGACUCGCCCUCGUUGUCGUCGGCCACCAUAGCCGACCCGGGCCCUGGGCCUGAGGCCAAGCACCAGGGGGCCGCGUCCAGGCUGUUCAGCACGCUCGGCGCCUUUGCGCAGACGCGGCCGGACCUUGAGAAGAAUCUGGCGUAUAGCUACGCCGGGUCCGGCACCGACGCGGACCCGUUCCUGGUCGAGUUCCUGCCCGACGACCCGCACGAUGCGCUCAACUUCUCAAAGUCCAAGAAGUGGACCAUCACGGCCAUCGAGGGCAUGGCCACGCUGGCCGUCACAUUUGCCAGCUCGGCCUACUCGGGCGCCGCGCGCGAGGUCGUGCGCCAGUUCGCCGUGUCCCAGAUCGUCGUCACCCUCGGCGUCUCGCUCUUCGUGCUUGGUUUUGCCAUUGGCCCCCUCUUCUGGGCCCCGCUGGGCGAGCUGUACGGCCGCCAGCGCAUCUUCAUCAUCACCUUUGCCGCCAUCACCGCCUUCAACGCCGGCGCGGCCGGCGCCCCCACCAUGGCCGCGCUGCUGAUUCUCCGCUUCUUCGCCGGCGCCUUCGGGUCGUCCAUCCUGACCAACGCCGGCGGCGUUAUCGCCGACAUGUUCAACGCCUCCGAGCGCGGACUGGCCACCAGCGUGUUUGCCAUGGCCCCGUUUCUGGGACCGGCCAUCGGCCCCAUCGCAGGCGGCUUUCUCAGCGAGACGGAGGGCUGGCGCUGGGUCGAGGGCCUGAUGGCCAUCUUCACGGGCGUGCUGUGGAUCAUCGGCAUCAUCUUCAUUCCCGAGACCUAUGCGCCCGUGCUCCUGCGCCGGCGCGCCAAGCUGCUGUCCAAGACCACCGGCAAGACGUACAUCUCGACGCUCGACGCCGGCAAGCCGCCGACCACGCUGUUCCAGAAGUGCAAGACGGCGCUCACUCUCCCCUGGGUCCUGCUGGCCAAGGAGCCCAUCGUCCUGAUCACGUCCCUCUACAUCGCCAUCAUCUACGGCACCCUGUACCUCAACUUCGCCGCCUACCCCAUCGUCUUCCAGCAGCAGCGGGGCUGGAGCCCCGGCAUCGGCGGCCUGGCCUUCAUUGGCACCGCCGUCGGCGUGCUGAUCGCCACCAUCGGCAGCAUAAUCGACAAUAAGCGCUACGUGCGGCUCGCCGCGGCGGCCAAGGGCGGCGUGCUCCCGCCAGAGUCGCGGCUGCCCCCGGCCAUUCUCGGCUCCGUGCUGAUCCCCGCCGGGCUCUUCUGGUUUGCGUGGACCUGCGGCCCAGAUAUCCACUGGUCUGUCUCCAUCAUCGCCUCGGCCUUCUUCGCCUGCGGCCUCAUCCUGGUCUUCCUGUCGCUGAUCAACUACCUGAUUGACUCUUACGUCGUCUUCGCCGCGUCGAUCCUGGCCGCCGGCUCCGUCGUCCGAUCCCUAUUCGGCUUCGCGUUCCCGCUGUUCACGAGCAAGAUGUACGAGAACCUAGGGAUCCACUGGGCCAGCUCGGUGCCGGCGUUCCUCGCGCUCGCGUGCGUGCCGUUCCCGUUCCUCUUCUGGCGCUACGGCGCGCCCAUCCGCAUGCGCUGCGAGUUCGCCUCCGAGGCCGCCAGGAUCCUCGAGCAGAUGCGCGCUUCCCGCCAUGCCCCUGCGCCAGCCCUCACUGAGGAGGAUGCUGUUGCUGAGGCCAUCCAGGUCUGGCGGACUCGCUCACAUGCUAGUGGUGCUGCGCCGGCCCAUUGA